AUGUACACGGUGGAGCAGAUCAACGGUCUGCUGUGCUAUCUCCUGAGCACCUACCUGCGGAUAAACACGGCCCACUGCGAGUUCUACUCCAUCUGGCAGUCGCCGCUGACGAUGAGCGAGAUCCUGCUGAAGAACUUCCUGGCCGCCUAUGUCUUCACCUGCCAGGAGGUGUUCCCCUUCACCUUCUACUACUCGCUCGCCAUCAGUGUUCUCGGAGUGCUCCACAACCUCAUCGAGUUCAUCGACCUGUGCUCCGAGAAGAUGGGCAUACAUCUGGUGCGGAUGUGGCGGCCACGGAAAUUGGCCAUUUUCAGGGACAUUCAGUUGCGGCGCUUUCGAAUUGUGGGAAGUGUCUUCAUGUUCAAGGCGUGGUCGCUACUGUUAUACGCCUUGGUAUAUGUCAAGCCGCAGUUCAUUCGUCCCUGGCUGAUGAUCUCCGCGAUUGCCAUGUUCAUCGACGUGUUCUUCCUGGUGGUGGAUGUCCUGCUGCAUCGCAGGAUGUGCAGCCUGCGCUCCCUGCUGCCCUUUUCCUUUCCGCUGAUCAACAUGUUGUGUGUCCUCUGCGUGAAGACGUCCUUCGAGCGGAUAAUAAAGGAGUACGGUUCGCAGGAUCUUGCCUGGUGAUCUGAAAAAUUUCCUGUGCCUUUUAUAAAGCCUCCC